AUGUCUACGAUUCAGCAAUCACCGUCGCGUAGUGCGAAUAAAACACCAAGUCCGACUUCGAAUGUUAGAUCGAGAAGAUCGCAUACAAAGUCUAGACAUGGAUGCUUGGGGUGUAAACAGCGACGAAAGAAGUGUGAUGAGCAGAGGCCUCAGUGUUCACGAUGUCUCGAUAAAGACAUCCCAUGUGAAUACCCUCGUCAGAAAUCUCGUGCAUUGAGAUCACCUACUCAACAAGACAAUUCAUGGACUCAGCUCCAGUCCCUCACCAUUCCAUCGCCACACUACGCCCGCUCAGCAAGCGCAGGUCUCUCGACCUCAGAUCUCUCACCGGGCUUAUCUCCCUAUCUGGCUCCAAGUCCCAGUUUCACUCUCCUCCCUCCAGAAACCCCCCUUCCAUCCGUUGAUCUCGGCGCCGCAGAGCUUGAACUCUUUAGCUACUAUCUCUCCCACACAGCGCGCUCUCUAGCCUACGAUGACGAUGAUCUCUAUGCUUUGCAGGUUGGCUUCCCGAACUUGGCUUUCAGAAGUAAACCCCUCAUGAGCUCCAUCCUCGCUCUCGCAGCGGUACGGAAAUGCCACGAUUUGAUAUCCCAGCCUUUGCAGAGCAUUGACAAGAGUCAAGUUAGGCAUUUGCUUGCUCUUGCGGAUGAACAUCAUAGGGUGUCACUUCGUCAGACGAGGGCUGAUAUUCCAAUUGCUAAUCAUUACGAUCACGUUGUUGCGAAUGCCCCUCUUAUGGUUCUCUAUGCAACGGCGAACCAUGCUGUGAGAAUUCACGUCGCAAAGACGCUGGAUGAAGGACGGAGUACGAGUGUUCUGCCUGUGCAAUUACAUUGGAUGACGCUUAUUCGCGCGGCACACUUGGCUUAUACAGGUCUUUUACACUCAACCAAAGAUUUCGGGUUCUUGGAGGACUUUACGGCUAGUCCGCCUGAUAUCAAAUUGAGUAGCCAGUCAACUAAUGGGCUGGUUCCUUUGGGCGAGAAUGGGCCUACGCCUCAGACAGAGCAACUUCUCAUGCCUAUCAUCGCAGCGACUUCUGGCUCAGCGCUAGAGAAGUUGAGAGGAAGAGCGCAGGCUUUGGAGUUUGCCGCGCACUUGAAGCCAUCUUGGGAGUCACCAGGUGACGACACAGAACUCCAAGCUUGUCUUGUAGCUCUCGAAGCGUUGAAUAGUAUCGUGAAUGAGCUCUUUCACCCAGACCAGAGCGCUUAUACGGAUUCUCAACAACCUGAUCUCGAAGCUGGUUGGGCUGCGUUGAGUCAACUCUCAGAUGUCUCGCCCUGGCUUCGAAGUUACAUGGCGCGCGUAACAUUCUCGACACCACCCAAACCCCUCCGCCGAACGAUAAUGUGGUUCCUGAACCGAGUCCCCAGCGAAUUUCUCAGCAUCGUCGAGUCGGUUCUUGAUAACAUUCCCACGAGCCCUGAUAGUAUUCCCGACGAGGGUAUUCAGUGUGAUAGCGACGUCUUUGAGACAACGAGACUUGCUAUGGAUAUCUUCUCGCAUUGGCUUGUCUUGGUUAUGCUGUUAGAUGGUGUUUGGUGGAUUGGAGGUAUUGGGGCUUGUGAGUUGGGUAGGAUAGUGAAGUAUACGAGUAGGAAGAAUUUCUUUGGGGAGUAUUCGGGGAUGGAGGCGUGGUGGCCUAGGAGUAUGCUUAAUAUUGCUAUGGAGAUAGGAAGUCAGUCCUAG